CGCUUGGUGCGUGUGUGCUUACUGUCGAAUAGUCCUGGCUAGCCCUGACUGAGGUUAGACGUGUUAUGGAAACAAAACUCGAGCUCAAUAUCGUGUUAGAGGCGUGGAACGAACGGCGUGUGCGGGUUCUAAAGCAACACUUUGAAAGCAUGACUGGGGUUUGAGGUUGCUGUAGGUGACGAUUCUGGGACAAUACAAGUGUUGGGUGUGUCUUUGAAGAGCGACAAUAUUACAUCUCGCUUCAUCUUGAAUCUUCGUUGUUCACGUUGAUCAAGAUGUCGUCCCCGUCGGCUGGAAAACGACGCAUGGACACCGAUGUGAUCAAAUUGAUCGAAAGCAAACAUGAAGUGACCAUUCUGGGCGGAUUAGACGAGUUUGUGGUCAAGUUCUUCGGGCCCAAGGGCACCGCCUACGAAGGGGGAAUCUGGAAUGUGCGCGUCCACCUCCCCGAGCAAUAUCCCUUCAAGAGUCCAUCCAUUGGGUUCAUGAACAAAGUAUAUCACCCCAAUAUAGACGAGGUGUCUGGCACGGUAUGUUUGGAUGUCAUCAACCAAGCAUGGACCGCCCUUUAUGACUUGUCCAAUAUAUUUGAAAGCUUUCUGCCACAACUCCUGACCUAUCCCAAUCCGACAGAUCCUCUCAAUGGAGAUGCAGCAGCCAUGUUUCUCCAUAGACCUGAAGACUACAGGAAAAAAGUAAGUGAUUACGUCAAGAAAUACGCUUCAGAGGAGGCUCUUCGCCUUCAAGCCGGAAACGAGGUGAACAGCUCCAGUGAAUCGAGUAUGAGCGAUUUCUCGGAAGAUGAGGCACAGGAUAUGGAGUUGUAACAUUGAGCCCUGGCCGUGGUCUAGCCCGAAGGGCAUGCCACCCAAGAGACUACCACGCUAACGACAACAAUGCAGCCUAUGAAGCUUCGUCCCAGACACUCCAAAUGUGCAGGUGAUACAAUUCUGAUUCCGCUGGACAUUAAAGGCCACCAAAUCAAAAGGGGAUGAGCGACUUCGCAGUAAGUCGUCACGUACUUAAAAUGGCCGAACUGCCCAUCAAACCUGGAGUGAUAUGAACUAGUGUGUGAUGCUUCGGGCGAUUACUCAAACCACCAAACAAGUGUACGAAGAUGUGUGACUAUUAUUAAGAAGAUUGAAGAAAAACCUUCGCUCUGCUCGUUCGCUCGAGGACGAGCACUUUUCGUUUGUUUCUUCCUCUUGUUUCCUCCUACUCAAAGUGGUGGGUGAUUUCUCGAACUAUUUUAAUCCAUUUUACCCUCACUUCCAUAUGGUGCCAUUCUCACGUUCCACAAACGUAUGCAAAAAAUAGGGAUUUUCUCCACUAUCCAUGAUCACCCCCGGCUUCACCCAUCACUUGCUUGUGAUUUGUAAAUACAGUGCCACAAACCAAUCUAAAAUUGGCUCGCUCUCACCAAUAGCUCAUCAUUGAAAGAAUUGAUCACAUCCAACCACUUGACGCCCGAAUUGAGUUUGAUCAUCUUGGGAUGGAGAAAGUUUGGCCAAUCUGAGGACGCAAAUUAUUCAUCGUAAUUAUCUUUACGUUUAUCGAGGCGUUCUUGAUUUGGCCAAUCCUCGGCAACAACUUCAAACAUGGUCGUCAGACAGGGCUGGCGGAUUCUCACUCUAGGAGAAGAAGCAAGAGCUCGGCUCGCAAUAACGAGGCUAUAAUUACUGAAUCAUCUUUAAUAAAUCUCUCUCUAUAUAUAAUCAAGA